AUGUACGGAUUGCGGCCGAGUGAUGAGGAACUCUUAAAAUAUUAUCUCACCCACAAGACGUUAGAUAACACUUUUUCUGUGCCUUUCAUUGCUGAUGCAGACUUAACACAGUUGGAGCCUUGGGAUCUUCCUGGAAAAGCUAACACAGGAGACAGGGAAUGGUACUUCUUUCACAGAAGGGGCCAGAGGUAUGCAAAAGGUCCAAGAGUCAAAAGAAGCACAAAAGGUGGAUUCUGGAAACAAUCAGGAUAUGAUCAAGAGAUUUGUGAUUCACAGACAAAAGUUCCUAUCGGGAAAAAGAAAAAGUUGGUUUUCUAUACUGGAAGGCAUACACAUUCAGAAAAAACCAACUGGAUCAUGGAUGAGUAUAACUUAGGAGGUCAAUUCUCAGACAAUCUCCUUUACCCAAACAUGAAGGAGGAAUGGGUUCUGUGCAAAGUCUUUGAGAGGAAUGAAGACCCAAAAAAGUCUCAAAGUGGUCAGAAAAGAAAAUUUUCAGUGCUUGAUCAACCAGAAGUUUCAUCAUUGCCAUCACUCUCAAAUGCAACAAAUUCAAGCUUAGAAUCCUCCUGUAUCAUCACUACCUCAAUAAAUGAUGAAAAAGCUAUAUGCUCCAUGUGUAAUAAUGCUGACAUGUUUAGUGCAAUACCCAAUGACAAAGCCAUGACUACAGAUUUUGGUCAUCUGUAUGUAAACUGCCUCAAUUCCUUCUUUAAUCUGGAAGGUGGUCAAAAGCUACCAUUUCUUCCCCUCCAAGAAUUUUCAGAGAUGCUUCUCCCAUCUACCCAUUUGGGAGGCUUUGACAUACCUGGUUUGCAAGCUAAUUUUGAAAGCACCCAAUGUUUCAGUAAUGGAAAUCAGCAGGAGCAGAAUAGUAUAGCAGUUGCCAAUGAUAUUUCUGAUAGUAGUUUGGUUGAACCUUAUUCUAGCUAUACUAGCUUAUUACUUAUGGAGUCACCUGUUACUGAUUUUGGGUUCCAUGAAAAAGAAUGUAAUGAUAUAACUUGUUUGGGGAACAACCAUGACAGCUUCCAAUGGGUCAGUGACUGUUAUAAUCAUCAGCAGGAGGGGAUCAAUGCAGAAAAUUGGGAUGCCUUUAAUGAAAGAGUUUUUGGUGCCAGAAAUACUGAACAAGUUGAUGAUGCUCAAACUUUGAGUAUACUCAUGGGGGAGAAUUUGGCUGGAGGUCCUAUAUCUAACUUCUCUUCCAGUACUCAAUGACAAUUGACCUAUUUUUUGAAAUGGUCUUGACCCUUCUACAAACAGAAAGAUAAGUAGCAUUAAGAAUGAUAGGACCAAAAAAAAGAGAGCUGAAAAUAACAACAAAGAACUCACAACUAACACUUACAAACUACCAGCCCAAAUUCAUUUUCUGUUUGUGAAUACUAAUAAAUUUUG